AUGUCGUCAGCGGACCACGAGGUCGUGACAGUGUCACGCGAUAUUGUUACAGAUAUUGUAUAUGAUGCUGUUUAUGAAGCCAUUUUGGAAAUAGAGCAGAUUAUAAAGCCACUACAAGCACAGGCUGUUGAUCAAGAAAGAAGCCAUGACAGAUUACAAACAGUCCAGUCACUUCUACAGUUGGUUAUGGCAUUUAUGGAGUGUCUGGAGACUUGUAUUGGGAAUGUGACUCAACUUUCCCUUACAGAGGAACUCUUUAUUGAACACAUUCAUUCCCUUCCAUCAGCUGUACUGCAGAUAGUGAAUGCUACUUUUAAACACUGCAAGGAUAGUGAAAAAGUGUAUGGUGAUUUCUUCCAUGUUGUGUCUCAGGAUCUAGCCAUGUUGUUUAAGAGAUCUUACCAGCUACAGAAGGGAUUGAUGGAGAUACUUGACAAAGUCCAGUUAAAUUAUGAUGCAUCUGAUGAGGAUGUUAGAGAUAUUACAGAAGUGUGCCAUCAGCUCCUUGAAGUUUGCAUUCUUAUUGGUGAUUUGGAUACAAGUAUAUUGGUAAACACAUGGAAAGUGUUAAAAAAACUUGUAACCAAGCAUAGAGAUCACAUCAAGAACUAUUUAGAAGUGGACAGGUUGAUUUGUCAUUUGUGUACCUCAAUUGAGACCAAACUAAUGCGAUGUGUUCAACUUGCCCCAUUCAAAGCAGAAGAUACUGGUAGUUCUGAUGGUCAAAAGGUUACUGGUGAUGAAGUGGCUCUGGCUAAGAUGCUUAAAAUUAUGCGAUUUUUGGUGGGUCACCUUGUUCAUCUCACAAAGGAAUAUGAUGGUUACUAUGACACAUGUUUGGAAAAUAUUUUUCAUUUUCUGUUAAUGAUUCAAAGAACUUUACCUCCAAGCCUAAGUGCUCCAAAAAUUGAUGCCUCUGCAAUUCAGGGUAUAAAAUCUGCCUUAUUAAUAGUGGUGGAGCCAUUGCUUUCUGUUAUUGUGAAAAACAAACACUUUGCCAAACUAAUAACUAGGAAAUCAUUAGUGGUGGAUGACAAGAGUCAUUUUGCACACUGCUGUUUGCUGGUUACUAUUCUGAGUGUUCUACCAAGUACACCAGGUAAUUAA